AUGCAGCAGCAGCAGCAGCAGCAGCAGCAGCAGGCCACCUGCGUAGCUGGGUUGCGUGUAGAAAUACUACCGCUGCUAGGAUGCACUGACCCUGCACUCCGCGAGCGCGCUGCUGCUGCUGCAGCAGCAGCAACAGCAGCAGGAGCAGCAGGAGCAGCAGGAGCAGCAGAAGAUGCUGCUGUACUGCCAUUCGGGGAGGGAGAUGAAUUAUGUAUAGAAGCAGCAGAUUGUCCGCUGUCUUUGCUGCUGUCUGUGUCUCCUCGUCAGCAGCAGCAGCAGCACGAACAGCAGCAGCAGCAACAGCAGCAGCAGCAGCAAGGAGAAGCAGCAGCAGCUGUCUAUACACUCGGAAGAAAGAGAAGUUCUCUAUUUCAACUACGUGAUGAUGUUAUUAGCCAACGGCAUUGUUUGCUGCUGCUGCAGCAGCAGCAAGACAGCAGCAAGCUGCAGCAGCAAACCUCUUUGCUGCUGCGGCCCCUUCUUGCUGCGCUGCAGCAAGCAGGGCUCUCCUUAUCUCCUACUGCUGUUGCUGCUGCUGCUCCUGCAGCACAUACUAACGGCUCCAUUCCUAGUACUCCUGCAGCAGCAGCAGCAACAGGAGCAGCAGCAGCAGCAGCUGCUGCUGCUGCUGCUGCUGUGUCUUCUGUAGAGGUUGUCUUUGAGUGUACAGACACCUCAAAGGGAGACAUCGAUGCUGCUGCUGCAACACCUAGCGACCCGCUGCAGCAGCAGCAGCAGCAGCAGCAGCAUAGUGACGAUCCGGACAUAGUAGCUGCAGCAUCUGUUGCUGCAGCAAGUGCUGCAGCAACAGGUUGUGCUCGUGUACCAGCAACAUUGCUGCUAGGAUAUGCUGCAGCAGCAGCAGCAGCAGCAGAUCUUGCUGCUGUCUUUGUUGUAGACAGCAGCACGAAUGGCUCAUGGAUCGAUGCUGCUGCUGCUGCUAAAGGAGACACUGUCUCUUGGCCCCCUACUAGUGUAUUGUCUCUUGCUAGACCACUAAGAGAAGCAGGCCCUCCUAUUGCUGCCUUUCGUUGGCGAGUUGUCCUUCGCCUUUGUGCUGCAUGCAAGACACCGGGAGCCCGUUGUUGCUGCGGCACGCAGCAGCAGCAGCAACUGCAGCAGCAACAGCAGCAACAGCAACUGCAGCAACAGCAGCAGCAACUGGAUAGACGGUCAUCUGCGCACAGGCGCAGCACGUCACAGUGUACAAGGUCACAGGAAAGUGCUGCUGCUGCUGCUGCUGCUGCAAUGCCUGCAGCAACAGCAACAGCUGCCCCAGAACAAAGCAUUGGUGCAGCAGCAGCAGCAGCAGCAGCACCAGCAGCAGCAGCAGCAGGUGGUAUUGCUGCUGCUGCUGUCCCUCGCCUACCUGCCCUUUCUGAAUCUUACAAAGGGACUGCAUCAGCAGCUGCUGCUGGUUACUACUACCAGCAGCAGCAGCAGCAACAGCAGCAGCAGCAGCAGCAGCAGGAAAUCCCUAGUACGUUAACACCACGUGGCUCUGGCAGCCGCAACAGCAGCAGUAGCAGCAGCAGCAGCGCAGCAGGCAGCAGCAGACUUGCUGCUGAGCUGCAGCGAGCUGUACAAGAAAAAAGAAGACUAGAGGAUAUGCUGCAGCAGCUGCUGCUGGAGAAUGAGGAACUAAGAGCACAGGCAGAGCAACUGGGGGAAGUAAAGGAACAACUCAAUGCUGCACAGACUGCAGCGCGUGGGGAGAUAGAGACACUGCAGCAAUUGCUGCGGGAGGCGCAGCAACGAGCUGCUGCUGCAGAAGCAGAGGCGGAGUCUCUAAGGGCCGAAGUUCGUGCUGCUGCUGCGCGGCAGCAGCAGCAAGUCACUGUGCUGCAGAAGACGAGGGAUGUAUAUGCUGCACAGGCACAGGCACUGCGUGAUAUGUUCACGCAGCAGCAGCAGCAGCAGCAGCAACUAGAUCAGCUGCUGCAGCAGGAGGGGAGACCGUCACAGAGGGUUCCUCAUAUAGAUCUGCAGCAGCAGAAUCUACAGCAGCAGCAACAGCAGCAGCAGCAGCAGCAAAACGGCUGCUGCAGGGAGAAUUCACCAUUUGAUUUAGACCGCAACGGCAGCAGCAGCGGCAGCAGCAGCAGCAGCAGCAGCAGCAGCAGCAGCAGCAAAUCAUCUUGUGGGGACAGUUUGUAUCAGAUGUGUACACUGUCUCCCUUAGCUGCUGCUAGCAGCAAACGGCUGCGCACAGACUGCAGCGCAGCAGGAAGGGAGACACCUAAAUAA